AUGGCAGAGCAGACGCUGGAGUUUAAUAGCAGGAAUCAGAGUAUUGUACUAAUGGAUGAUACAAAUAGUGAACUAUCAGUCGUACAUAGUACAUUCAGUUCCGUCUCGGAGUUCUCGAGUGAUGCGUCUUCAUUUCUAUAUGGUGGUGGAUAUACUCAUGCACCGAAUCGACGUCCAAUACCGCCGAAUACCGAUACCAUGCAUUCUAAUUUCACGGUAACGUCAACUGAUCCAAAUGAGACGGAUAAUACCACAAGAAACCGAUUGAAUCCAUCGGUAAUACCGAAUGAUACGGAUGAGUCACCAGAUGCAGCGUUUCGACACUUUCGUACACCAGCGAAUGAUCCGGAUAUGCCAUUCUCAGAUCUGAUAAUCAAAACAUCUCCACUUUCAGGUGGUACGAACGAUCGCGCGUCGAAACGUCAUAUGUUUUUGAUUCUACUGGCUCUUUUCAUUGGUACAAUUGGUGGUGGUGUUUUGAAAUAUCUACACAUUGAUACAAUAAUCGCCCAAUGGAUUAUGAUACCAGGGAAUUUAUACGUCCGAGCCAUACAAUGUGUUGUGAUUCCAAUGGUAUUUGUGAAUCUUGUGAUUGCUACAGCAGAUCUGACAAACAAAAGCUUGGGUGAACGUUUAAGUGUUCGUCUAUUGUUUAUUGUUAUUGUAUCCAUGACUAUUGCUAUUAUGCUUGGACUUGCUACAGGUUCUAUCUUCCAUUUGGUUUUUACAAUGUAUCAAAAGGAAGAUUUUAUACUCAAUACGGACGCAAUCUUUGGAAUUCAAUGUGGAAAUGGAAAAUAUCUAGAAACACGGGAGGAUGGACUUGUCACGUGCUCUGCUACUGAAAUUACAAGCACGUCAGAAUUCGCACUGGAUGAUAUCAAUAGUGCACUCGCGCGGAAUGAAGCAUUAACAGGAACGAAUACGACGCUAUCGGAUAAUGUACUGAGCAUUAUUAACCAGGUUGUACCAGCAAACAUUAUGGCAGCAUUUGUUUCCAACACGUUGUUGAGUAUCGUGGCCUUUUCACUGCCACUUGGUGUCACUCUGGCUCGCAGUUUUCAUGGACCUGCAAAUCUCAAUCCACUGCUGGAGUUUUUCCGUGAAGUAAACGAGACGCUCGUGCAUAUGGCUCACUAUAUUCUCCGCUUCACACCCUUUGCGGUCCUUAGUCUACUUGCUGGUUCGCUAGCUACCUCAUUGGAAGACUCAGUGGCAGAUCAUCCACUCACGCUAGUCAUGCUUCUAGUUGCUGCAUUGGGUGUUAGUGUACUUGUGCACAUGCUUGUGGUAGUGCCUAUACUAUUUGUGCUCAUUACUCGCCAGAACCCGUUCCGCUUCAUGCGUCAGAUGCUGCCUGCGUACGUGUAUAGUCUCGGCUGCUCAUCAUCUAUGGCUACAAUGCCGCUGAGCCUCCAGUGCAUUGAAACGUCUGAUGAGGUUUCAAGCCCUGUCAUGCACUUUGUCUUGUCAGUGGGUACAUCGUUGCACAUGCCUGGGACGGCAAUUUAUCUAGCUGUGUUGGUACACUUUAUGGCUGAUGUAGCUGGUAUUGUUCACGCUCAGUCACUUUCGACCAUGUUGGUGACUUUUCUUGGUGUUUUCUUGUGCACUGCCACGGCACCACCAAUUCCAUCUGGAGCACUGACGGUACUCACUGCCGCGUGGAAUAUUGUUUUUCCUGAAUAUGCAAUUCCAGAUAGCCUUUUUACGCUUGUCGUGGCUUCUGAUGUAUUCUUGGACCGCUUCGUGACAUUAUGCAAUGUGAAUGCACAGGCAAUAUUGUGUCGUGUUUUAGCUGAUCAAGUUGAUACAAAGGGACAAAUUGGACGGCAUUGA